AUGAUGAUGAUGAACUGUCUCUCUCUCUCUCUCUCGCUUUCCUCUCUCUCUCUCUCUCUCUCUCUCUCAAUUCAUUCUCUCUCUCUCUCUCUUCUACUACUCUCUACUUUGCUCUUUACUUCUCUCUUCUCAAACCAAUUCAUCUCUCUCCUCUCUCUCUCUCUCUCCUCUCUCUGUUUCUUAACAGGUGUUGUAAACACGAUGAUUCGGAAUGAAAACAAAAGAAUUCUUCACACACAAAGAGAGAGAGAGAGAGAGAGAGAGAAACGGCAGCGCUGGCUGGCCUCUCUCUCUCUCUCUCUCUCUCUCUCUCUCUCUCACUCUGAGUCCGCUUUGCUCCGUCGGGACCGGUCGAUCAUGGCUGGUGACGGAUCCGAGGCCCCCGAGGUGGCCUCCACAAACUCGGGCGAUCCGCUGAUUGAGCACGACCGCCGCACAACUCAGGAUGACGGACGCCGCGCCACACGUCCCCUGGACGCCAACGUUCACGAGCGACUUUUGAGUGCAGGCCGUGAGAACUCGGUCAACUACACUGCUGAAGAACGUGAGGCUCGCAUUCGCGCUCGCCAGGAAGAGGCGGCGCGACGAGAGCUUGAGCUAGACCUCAAAUAUGAUGCCGAAUCCGUGUUGGCCCUGAUCAAGCCCGUAUCUGCGUGCAUGAUCGUGGUCAUUGCCACCAUCCGUUCAAUCACCUAUUUCAGCCAGAAUGAUACCCAGUUUGCAUACACGCCCUUUGAAAGCAACGGUGGUGCCGGUGAAAGCAGUGGCGAGCGCUUUGGUGGCGCCGUCCUCAACGCCCUCAUUGUCGUCGGUAUCGUCAUCGUGAUGACCUUUAUCCUUGUCAUGCUCUACAUUUACGAAUACUACAAGAUCAUCUAUGGUUGGCUAGCCCUCUCGGCCUUGCUCCUCCUGUACUUUUUCAGCUACCAAUACAUUGAGUGCGUCAUGUGCACCCGCCGACAAGUGCUGAUUGCUCACAACGCCAGCAUCGAUUGGAUCACCAUGGCCUUUAUCAUAUGGAACUUUGGCACGGUUGGCUUUAUAGCCAUCUUUUGGCGCUCUCCGCUAGCCGUGCAGCAGGUCUACUUGGUGAUCGUCUCGGCUCUCAUGGCGCUGGUGCUCAUCAAGAACCUUCCCGACUGGACGACAUGGGUGCUGUUGGCAGCCAUCGCCAUUUAUGAUCUCUUUGCCGUGCUCUCCCCCUGCGGUCCACUCAAGUGUCUCGUCGAGGUGGCCCAGGAGCGGAACCAGCCCCUUUUCCCCUCGCUCAUCUACUCCAGUACCAUGAUGUGGACCGUGACAAUGGCAGAUGUGGGCGAUUCCAGCUCCAACUCGGCCACCAUCGAGAGCCAGCCCAGAGUGGCUGACGGUGGUGCCUCCACCCGCGGCACAGAAAUGACCAGCAUGAGCAGCCAACCGCGAGCUCGUCAAGGCAGCCGCGCCGAUAGCGAGGCCGAUGAUGGUGCACGAGACAUUAGCACAUUCGCGGCCCCGCGCGGCGAAACUCGCUCCACCAACCAAGCUGCACCUGCCUCGCAACCGAGCUUUCAGCCCGACGAUGAAGACGACUCGGGAGUCAAGCUGGGAUUGGGUGACUUUAUUUUUUACAGCGUCCUGGUCGGCAAGGCAGCUACGGCCCACGAGUGGACCACGAUUCUGGCCUGCUAUGUGGCCAUUCUUAUCGGUCUGGCCUGCACGCUACUGUUGCUCAGCAUUUUCAAGAAGGCACUGCCAGCGCUGCCCAUCAGUAUUUUCUUUGGCCUCUGCUUCUUCUUCCUGACCUCUGAGGUUUUGGAUCCCCUCAUUGACCGCUUGAACGAGCGCCAAAUCUUCUUGUGA